UUCAUAUCCUGUUGGUUAUGAAAUUUAUACCUUAAAACUUUCACUUUUGAAAUUUGAGUGCAGUUGAUCAUUUUCAACAUUAUCAGUGAGAUCAAUGGGAUGUUCGAGUAAUAUUUUUGUGUAUUUUCCUAUUGGGUGACUGAUGAGAAGAUCCAAAUUCUCCCUGUUUGUUUGCUGUACAAAUUAGUGGCACAAAGAAGAACUUUAGGCCUGGGUAAUCAAAAGAAAGAAAACUUUAGGUCCAAUGAUCCUUAGAAUCAAGAGCUCCAAUAUGUUUAAAAUCUUUCAUUUGUUUGUUUGAUCAUGUGUUUCUUUCACAAACAUGGGGUCUAGGUUGCGCAUGACUCUGUACACAAUUUCUAGGGUUUGGGAUUACAUGGGAAUUGAGGAGCAGUGAUUUUGAUUGCUGUUAGUGCUUAUGUAAUGAUUUUGUAUUGUGCAAAUCUCUAAUAUUUCUUUAGUUUUUGAAGUUUAGGUCUUAUUCAUUUCAUUGGAAGAAUCCAGAGGUUCAUUUAGUUGUAGGAUAUGUUAGAUUUUAACUGAAAUUAUUCUUGACAAGCAACAAUUAAAAGCUGUGACAGACUAUCUACUUCUUAUUUGUCCAUUGACACAAAAAUUUGAAGCAAUGAAAGUGAAUUUUGAUGUUCUCAGUUUAUGGUUUUUGACCUUUUCUAAAUUUGUGUUGCUUUUUAAAGUUGUUGGAAUCUAGCCAUAUGGUUUUCCGCAGAGAGCAUCCGUGGUUUCUUGUAUGUGUAUUACAUUCUUUUACAAACUAUGUUUUAUAAGGGAUUAGAUUUUAUAAAAAAUUGGCAGAGGUGGACUCAAAGAGAAUAAAUGAUAUACUUCCAUCACUGCAAUAUCCAUGUGUAUGAGUGAUUGAGGUAUUCUGAGCAACUGUUCUUUGUAGUAGUAAGCCACUAGUGGCAUUGUGUGUCUAUGUAUUUUUUACCAAUCUCAUUGGGGCAAUUAAGAUCUUUAUUAUGGAAUAUAAUGUCAAAUGAAAGAGAAAUAUAUAUUUCAAACAAAAAGCAUGAAAGAGACAUGUCGAGAGAUUUUCCUUGAUAACAACAAUAUCCUUUUCUUUGUCUAGCUAGAUCCCUAAUGUGAUAUUGUGUAUCCUUAGAAGCCAUUUUUUCUCAUAUGUUAAAAGGCCAUGACAUAAACAAGUAUGCUACAGGGACAAUCUAGUGUACUUUGAUUCAUAUACUCAAAUGUUUGGAGGAAGCAACACAGAGAAGAGUUGUAUCACUGAAGAAUUGCAUGUCUACCAUGAUUAGUAGUUCAGACAUUUACCGCAUGAAUCAAAAUCUAGUGAUCUGAUUCACUGUUGCACAUUGAUUAGCUCAAAGAUAAUACAUCAAUUAGCAGAAAUAUAGAAUCAUGCUAAAGCUAUGGCAGUACUUCUAUUUUCCAUUCACAACAUGUUGCAUUAUCAAAUGUAUAACUGCAAAGUAAAAUAUUUCACUAACAAAUAGCUAAUUGUGAUUUCGACUAUAUUUCGGGGAAACAAUCAUAGACUUGCACUUGGGAAUUUCCAUGAGGAUCUUAUUCGAGUUGGAAGUUUUGGUCAUUGAAGCAAGUAGUUUCUUGUCACUCUACAUCAAAUACAAGGCAACACUGCCAAUGGGAUGGUGGGGUCCUUUUCAUGAACGAAGUUUGGAAUCAGGGAAAAUGUGUAGAAGUGAAUGAUGAGAGCAAGCGUGCACAGAAACUAUUGGCUUUUCGAAUGACAGUUGGCCUUUCAAAAACUGAAAACUGUCAUUUUCCUUUGUCAGUGGAGCAUAAAAUCGUUUGCCUUAUAUAUUUACAGUGCAUAAUAUUUAUCUAGAAUGCCUAAAUUUUUACAUUUUCCUUUUAAUAAUCAUGACUUAAGAACUGAAGUUGGAGUUUCUAAAGGUGAAAUCUUGGUAUUCUGUUUUAAUUUCACAAAUUUCAAUCUUAGAUAAAAGUUAUCAUUGAUGAAAAGGACAAUAAAAUCUUGAUGUAAGUAAUGAGGUUAGUUAGCCUUAUGCUUUCUGUUGGGAGGUUUGAGCCCCAUCUGCUUGUAGCAAAGGUAGGGCACUCUGGGGACACUGUUGUGUCUGCAUGGGCUGAUACCUUGGUAUGUGGAUAUAUGGUCACAUCAUUUGCAUUUUACUUGUCCCAGGCUGCAAAAACAUGGUCACACAAAUGAAGUUAGGAUACCCCUAUCUCCUUUUCUUUGCUUUGGUGCGUAUGGAUUCCCGUUUGGGCUUGUGUUUCAACUAAUAUGUAAUUUUGUUUCUAGGGAUGUGACUCAAGCUAGUGACAUUGGCUUGUGUUAAGGGAUAUGCAGUAGCAAUGGUGAUCUUCCCCUAAGCUCUUCAAUAGAUGUGCUCCUCCAAAUUAUCCAUUCUAGUGUAUCUUGCACGAGAUGCUCAUGAAUUUUGCAAGAUGAUGAAUUGGAGCUUUAAAUGACAAUAUGGAUUAAAUGGAUCGGUUCAUAAUGCAUUUGGGUUAUUAAUCCGACCCCCUUUAUGUUGUUAAUGCAUAGUUGUCCCCUCCACCAAGAGACAUGUCGAUUGGAUCAGUUAUCAAUGUUUCUUGCUAAUUUUUCAAUAAGGUCUACUUUGGAAGUGCGUGAAAAUUUUGUCACUAUAUUUCUACUGCUCAUUACCAUAUAAUUAGUUGGUUGUGGAUUGGCCUUCUCAUUAUGUGCCAGCUUAGUACUGGUAGAUUCUACUUUGCGUGGCACUCUCAAUACAAACUGGUUGAGUCCCAUGUUCUUGUUUCCUUGUGAUUUCUUACUCAUUCGUAUUCUGGUUUUCUCCUUCCCUAUUGCUUUGCAUCUAUUUUCUACAUCGAUUGAAUUCUAAAAACAUUUAUAGGGUUAAAUCUACUUUGUAUAAUUUCCUAUGUUGAAUGUAGUAUUAAAUUGGUUUAAUAGUUUUCUAUGUUGUAAAUCGAGUUCUAAGGCAAUGCAAAAGCUUUAUUUCAUGAUUUUUCUAUGUUGUAAAUCUAGAUUCAGGGUUAACUGAUUGUUUUGAGUGUAACAUCAAGUUCCCUGACAAUCUAUCCGUAUUAGAGUGCUUGUUGGUUGUGUGCAUGAUAAGAUAUUAGAGAGCUUGUUGGUUGUCAGCAUGAUAAGAAUAUGGAUGCACAAUCAUUUGAUAGUUUGGGUUCUUGUUGGAAUCAGUAUACUUCAUUCCAGACUGCUGUAAUUUGGAUUAGCUUGAUUCACUGUGAGAUUACUACAUUAGCAUCACCCUAGUUCAUGCAAACCUUAAAAUUUGUUAUAUUGUUUUUAUUAUGGAAACAAUCCCAUAAAAAAUUGAAAAAAUUGAAUUAGAGCUCCAAGAAUGCUCAACCCUCCAACAAAAUUUUGGACAAAUGCCAAAGAUUUAAAUCUUUUGGAGCUCCAAAUCGAAUAUUAUUUAGAGAAGCCACUUCAAAAAUAGUUUAUUUGGAAAAGAGGAUUAGAAAAAAAAAAAGACUUACUUGGUUCAGAUUUUCAGAUUAGCUUGGGUAAUCCGUCAAAAAAAGUAGUUUUGAUUAGCUUGGGUAAUUCAUAUUUUCCUGUAUCUCGCUCCUUUACCUCUUCUCCUACUUGCUUGGUUCAAAUCUCCACAAAAAACCAUAUUCUCUUCUCCUAAACUCAUUCUCCAAUUCAACUGCAGAUUGUUUUAGUAAUGGGGUAAGGCUGGAUCUCCUUACUCUUCACCAAUCUGGACCCUUUAUGGACUUUGAACACCACCACUCCCAAACCUAUCAGACUAUGAGACCACCAUCCCUAACUUCUUCGAGUUCUGUGAUACCAAGCACAGGGAUUAUUGUCCAUGCCAUGACACCAAGAGAGAGAAGAAAUUUGACACCCAUAUGCUAUUUUUCGGAGACUAUUUGCAUCAAAUGAGUGUUAUUGGUUUUAGUUUUGUAGGACUUCUGUUAAGAAACUUUAGUUUCUGGGAAUGAUCAUAGUCAAAUUUGGAAUUGGAAGGUGGUUUCGGGUUCAUAAUAAAUGAGGAUUUGGUUUCAGUGCUCUUGUUGAACACUGAUUUCUGAAGUGAUCAACUUUACUUUCAUGGCUAAUUAAAAUGUUGUUUGUCAUUUUUUCGAUAUUUCUGUUUAACGAAUCCAUGUCACAUCCUUAUUUGAGAAAUUGCUUGGAUGUCGUUUGGAUGACAAUUCAAUUUAUUCAUUAACCUUUUCAAUGCCCUUUAGAAAAUUAUUGCUGAGUUAUUGAGAAUAUUAUGCUCUCUUUUGUUAUGCUUUAUUUAUGAUUCAAUAGUACAGGGUGGUUAUAUUUUUGGUUGAGCAUGUACAUUUCCAACAUUGUCUUUUUUUGCAUCCUUGGGAACCUUUUGUGUGCUAAAUGCUAAACAGUUCAGCAUGUUGAAUUGUGGUCAAUGCAUUCUUAUUCUGCUCGUUGAAUUGUGGUCAAAUGCUAAAUAGUUCUGCAUUCUCGUUGUUGUAGAACUUGGUUACUGGAUUGUACUUUGAGCUUCCAAUGAUUGCUAAAAUUCAUUGUGGUACUUUGUUCACAAUUAUUGAUUCUCUUCCAUUGUUCUCUUUUGAUUCUCAUUAGUCACAAUUCAUGAUUUUCUGAAAACCUGUGAAGUUUAGUUGCUAUUGCUUACUAGCUUGCUUGUUUUCAUUCCUGAAUUUGUUCUUCACUCAAUGGUUUCAUUUGUUCCAAGUAUUUAUUGAAAUUGCUUUGCUAUUUUUUUUUUGAAAUUGCUUUGAUAUACAACUAUGAUGUGGGUUCAUGAAAUUUGAUAUAUGUUUCUAUGAUACACAACUAUGAUGUGGGUUUGUGAAUAAAAUGCUGAAUUUUAUUGGAAUUGAGAAUAAUCUUACUUCCCUUUUUGUUAUUUUUUAUUUUUGGGUUUGUUCAGUUUUACUUAGCUCCAAUUAUGAAUGCUGCAGCUACCAUGUUCUUUUUGUCACCUUUCAAUUUUUAAUGAAUAAUGCUUAUGGGUUCAUGAAUAUAAUUAGUUGGGACCAAACAAAGAACUUUUUAACUUCCCAGGAGGUUAUCAAACACAGAAACCAUGAACUUCUUAACUUUCUAGGGAGGUUACAUCGAAAUCAGAAACUUCUUAAAUAACUUCUAAUUUACAGUUCUUCAAUAACCUCCAAUUUACAAUUCAUGAACUUGCUUCCAGUUAUCAAACGUGCCCUAAGAGAUGAACCUAAAUUCGAAAGGGGUGUCUACAUGAUUGCUUUCACUUUAAAAUUGGAACUUUGUUUUAGAACUUCACCCCCGAACCCUAGUUCUUCUUCUUCUCUUCUCUUUGUUCCCAUCUUUCCAUCUUCAGCCGCUGAGCACCCGUCUCUUCGCAGCACGACCCCGCUCUUCUAUUCUUCGCAUUCAGCCACUGAGCCACCCCUCUCUUCGCAGCACGCCACUAUCUCAGGCAGAAUCCUCUCUUCACACGCAGCCCCACGCUAGGGUUUACUCAACUUUUCGUGAGCUCUGAUCAUUGCUAUUGAUCUUGAGAAAACCCCUAUUGUCACAUCAUAAAAGUGAAAGGGUGAGUGAGCGUGAGACAGAGAGUAGUUGCUAACGGUAGGAAAGAGACGACAGUACGAGAUGAGGAGGAUGGUUUUUUUUUAUCAUGUGCACCAAAUUCCAUGCAAUAUUUUUGGGUUAAAUGGUGGCAACUGGUCAGGUUUGGAUUGGUACUUUACUUUUAGGACGCAUUGGGUCCUAGGUUGGCAUCAACCAUGUUUCCCGGCGCAUUGGGUCCGGGUCGGUACAGGUGGCAACGGGUCGGGUUAUAUUUAAAUAUAUUUUAUAUAUUGGGAUCCGAAAAAUAUUAUUAGAUUUGGACUUGGACAUGGAUCUAACCGGAUUAGAGCGAACUGGUAGCUAGACUCGAAUAAUGUUUGGGUCCAAGAUUUAGACCCGGAUAUGACUGUUGAGUCCAAUUUUUUGACCAAUACCCAAACUUGGAUCGAGUCUAUUCCUCAGGUCUAGGCUGGGUCCGGGUCCAUUACCACCCUUUACGGGUUGGAUAAUGACCUAGCCCAAGGGUUCGUAUUUAGAAAAUCAACAUAACCAUAAGUAAUGGUAUUUCCCAAGAAAUCCGAGUCAGAUCAAUAGCCUCUUGUUUCUCUAGCCAUCUUAUUUCUAUUUUGAAAGGUUUGGAACCAGCAGAAACAACUCUUAAAGAGAGCAUGGUUGGGGUAUGAUCUGAAGAAAGUCUAGGUAAAGCUAGAACAAAAGCCAAAGGAAAUACAUCUACGCAAUCCACGAAGAUUAAAAAUCUAUCCAGUUUGUACAUGGAUAGAUUAGUAGUACUAUAAUUCGACCACGUAAAGAUCGUCCCAAAAAUAAGAAGAUCAAACAUGGAAUGGCUUUCAAUAAAUCUAUUGAAUAUCCUCAUAGCCGAAUUUAAGGAAGUCCCUGAGAGCCGAAUUUAAGGAAGUCCUUAAGAGAUACUCAUCAAGCCAUCUAAUAAGGUUGAAAUAACCACCCAAGCAAAUAGGGAAAUGAAAACCAUUGAUAACUUCGGACAUAUCAUCGAUAAAACAUUCUUUUAAAGCUGAUAAAUUCGGUCCAUAGGCAUUCUAAAAUCUCCAAGAAAACCCAGAGAAGGUACAUUAAAGCUCACAAGCAAAACCUUUCUCUAAUCACAAUAACAAAAGAUCGGAAUAUUUGAGGAUCUCAUAAUAUCCAUAAACCCCUAAAAGCUCCUAUGGAAUCAAUACCCAAAAAGUCAACAGACCCUGAGCUCCGAACCUCCCUAACCCCAGAAACAUUGGGUUUGGGAAGUUUGGUGUAGAACAUCUCGCUUACAUCUAGGUUCACCACGAUCCCUUACAUUCCGUGAUAUAAUAUUAAUUUAAAUAGAGAUUUAGAAGAGGAACCUGGACCUUCCACACAAGGCCCAAAAUAAACCUCUUUGAGCAUAAGGGGUUCAUCCAAAGUUGAGUCCUCUGAAGCACAAGACCCUGAAGAAGAAGCACCGCUGUUAAUUUCCAGUACAUCGAAGUCCUCCAUCGAAAUUCCUUUAGAAGCUGCCCUACUCUUAAUAAUUCCCAUAGAAGUGCUGAAGAUCGUAAAGCAUGAAGAACCUUCCUUGAGCUCUCAUUCUUUUUGGCAAGAGUUUUAACAAGCUGAGCUUUCUUAUCCUUCCUCGAACUCGCAGCUUGCUUGAGAGGACUUUUACAAGGCUCAUAAACCCCUUUUGCCACAUUCUCAAAAUUGGUUGUUGAAACGGUAGGCAUCCUUGCUUUCUUUCUAGCUUUUAUCUCAUAAAAGAAAACCCUAAUUGGCACAUCACAAUCCAUGCUUAUGUCCUCGACCCGAUCUUGAACAUUUCGGCUUUCUCAGCAACAGACAAACCCGCAGCUUUUUUUCAGGAACAUCAAGUAAAAUGGCAGGUACAGGCUGAGGGAUGGAGUUAAUAGGAGGGAUAUCAUCCUGCCUCAACAAGGGCUAUCUUUGGAUCAAUGAAAACCUCAUCUUCAAAUAACUCCGGAGGGUCUAGAUGGUCUUGAUUACCUUCCUCAACUUCCUGAAGCACCGGGAUAUCCACCGCCAUGUUUGGUUCAAUCACCACUAAUGUAAGAGUGUCCACGUCUAGUGGGUCAAAACAAACUCUGGUUCUAUUACCUUGGCCUUUCGAAGCAGCAAAACGAAAAGGCAAAGGAUACAUCUUCUGUUUCAGGGAGAAGAGGAUACACAGAGCUUACACCGAUGCCCUCUAGUGAAGGAUGCCAAGCUUGGAGAGAGAAUUAAACCAGAGGGAGAUAGCCAAAAGAUAUGAAAUCUCAGUUUUGAUGGAAGAUUUCAAAUCCAAACUCGGGAAAGAGAUCUUUCGAAAAGGGAAAAAGCAUGCCACUUAGGCCAAGGUGUCCUUUUCCAAAGAGGGGGCAUCAUGAGACCUCGAUCUUGUCUCCGAAUUAGAAGGAUCUCCUUCACCGCCAAACCUUCCAAAAACCAAAGGAUUUGAUGGGCCCAAUGGUCUGCCAUAAGUAAGUUGGUCCUUAGAGGGAUCAACCACUCCAACAUUCCCAAACGUCAAAAGAUUUGGUGGGCCUUGAGGUCUUACUGAAAAUGAUGGGUUCACAAGUUCACUAACGGAAGAGUCUUUGAUAAAGGCACUUGGAAAAGUCAAAGGUAAUAGAUGACCAUUUUCGUUCAACAUACCUGGUGCCAGAUUACGAAACCUCCCAACAGGGAUCCAACGCUUUUUUAUUUUCAAAUUUUGAAAAUCCUGAGGAAAAUAGUUGUUAUGUCUCUUCUUUUGUUUCUGACAUUUUUGGCGAGGCUUAUCGGAAAGAACAACUCCGACAUCGACAUGGGUGAGCUCCAGGCCUUGAGAUUUGCAUUUGCGGAGAGUAACCUUCUGCCAUUCAUUUGAAGCUACCAAAUAGCCAUUUCCUUUAUUGACAUUAUCACUCCCAAGAUUCUUAACAACCAUACCUUUCCAUAGAAGUAUUGAUAAUAAAGGAAUCCUUAUCAACCUGCGAGCGAAUUUUCUUUGGUAAAUCAUGGCCUUGAAGCCUCCAAAUUUUAACUUUAACAAAUCUAUAAUCAGCUCCAAGUAAAGAGUUCCAAUCAAUAUCACAAUAGUCCCCACAAAGAUUGGCUCCUUUCUAAAUGUUGCUAAGAUUCUUGACGUGAAGAGGAAUGCCCCAGAAUCAGAUCCAAAUUGUUUCUCUUUGAAUAACAGAUUCAUGGAUCGUAGGCUUCCAUAAGUCCAGAGACAUAAGGUUUACCUCUAACUCUGUAGAAUCUGCGGUUUAAGGCUUUUACAACAUCCUCUUCCGAGCGGAGAGUGAAAACUAUUUUAUUGCUACCAAUAACUUUCACCUCCGGGACGUAGGCUAAACCCCAUCCACGUUUCGCCCAAUCAUUUAAGCCAAAAAUGUCAUUUGAAGGAGUUAAGAAAGAACUAGCCACACAAAAUUUUGUCUUAGACAAAAGAUCACCUACCUCAGAACGACUAAUAGAAAGAAAAGCGACUAAAGAUUCAGAACCAACAACUCUUGCCACCUCCUCUUCCUCUAUCUCACCUUCCUCCAUCUCUCCUCCUUAACCAAGGUCAAUUCUUAGAUAUUGUCCAAUUUUAUGCUCCUUUUAGCUCCACGACGUGAGGAGCAUCUAAUAAAUAGCACACCCUUUGUAAUGUGUGAAAAAAUAUUUUCACCCGAAAAAACUCCCAUAUGUAAUUAUGUAUGAGUUUUUUUCACAUCAAUUAACUAUCAAUCGAUGUCAAACAUGUGAUAGGGCUAAUUAGUGUAAAGAAACCCUACACCUAAUAACAUAAGGGCUUUUUGUCAUGUAGAAUACUUUAAUAGAAUUAUUUUUGCACGUACCAUAUGUGCCCAAUGAAUUGUGCAUAUCUAUUUCCUCUCUAUCAGCAUCCUACCAUUCAAACGGUGAACCUACAUGGUCAUUGUCGUUUGUAUUAGACAUGAUAAUAUUAGCAAAUGAGAUGACUUGUUAAUUUCAAUUAUUUCAAAAGACUGUACUCCCUCCAUAAUUUUUCUUUUGAACGGAUUGUCGUAGUGAAAUUUACAGUUGUUUCUUAAUACAAUAUAAAACCUGGCUAAAAGUGUUUUUAGGAUUCAAGUUUUUAGAAUGCGACCUACUCAAUUUAGCAGUCAUAAUAGUUAAAAGCUUUGGUAGGCACCUUAGAACUCCAUUGGCAAAAUCAGAUUGUCAAAAUUGCCAUCCUGCUUUUUUGAAGCCUAAUCUAAGUGCUUAGGUACUCAAUUCUUUUACUAAAGACACUUAUUUAGUGAUUGAUGUUUAUUCAAAAUUUAAACCAAAAAGUUCUCCUAAGUCGGUCAUUUUCCUAAUGGAGUUAAUGUAAAUUUUUUUCAUAUUAGAGCAGAGUAUAUACACUAUAUGUUUUAUUACAAAGUAAAUAAAUGAUCUAAUUGAGGAAAGAUAUUUCGUGAUACAACACACAAGUUCUCAUCCAAGACACUGAUAGGAGGGAUUAUUAAAAUCAAUAAUUUUCCAGAACAUCUUUAUACUAGUUUUACUGACACCUUAGUCCCGAGAAAAUCGGCAGAACCUCCCCUUCACUAGGGACGGAUUCAGUACAGGUGUGUCCAUAAAACUCAUAGACCCAACUAAUAUCUGACAACUGAAAACGCUCCUAGUACCACUUAAAUUCCUAUAGGAAUUUGAUCAGGUUUUGGAGGUUAAAGAGAAAUAACAAAAUCAAACAUUUGGAGGCACGAGAGGAGCUCACUUUCUUCGAAGUGUUUAACGCCGCCGACUCGGUAGUAACCGAGAUGCAAAUGGUACUUGCGAAAACACUCACAGGAUACAGCUAGAUCAAGAAACGUUUCUUGAAUCUCUGUAUUAAACGCUCAAAGACUCGCAUAAAAGCACAAUACUACUGAUCUUGCUCCCUUACAAUCAAUAUUAGUCACCUUUCACUUAAUUUGUUAAGGCUACUCUCUCUGUUUUCCCACCCAGAAAACAACUGUUCUCACUCUUCUCUUUUUUAAUUUUAAAAGCAUAUGCUUUUUAUUUUUUUUUUCACCCUCCUCUCUCGUUCUUCACCUAUUCUCUUUUAUAUGAAAGAGAGAAUAAAAUAUUCACUAUUUAUAUGGGAUGAGGUUGUAAAAUUAGGGGUGGCAAUGGACCCAGACCUGACCUAGGACUCGUCGGGUAUACUUGACAUGUCUGGGUAUGGGUCCAGCAUUUGGAACUACGGGUAGGGUCCAAGUCCUACAAAGUGGACCUGAAAAUUUUCAGGCCCGGGUCGGAGUACUAGUGAACAUAUUUGAUCAUUUAAUUACAUGACAAACCUUAAAAGUAAUACAAAAGAAAAUAACACCAUAUUGAUUAGAGGAAUGAUAACUCCAAAAAAGCAGUCCAAGCACAACUUAGUUGCCAUCUUUUCUCGUUUUUUUUUUCCUCUUUAGUCAUACAAGACAUUAUUCUAGAUUAUGAGGGACAUGGCUUAAUACAUGGGCAUAUGAUUGCCACAUCAUUGGUUUUUGUGAAUAGCAAGAUCUACCAUUGAACACAAUACUCUUUGUUCUUCAAGUUAAGAAGCCCUUAACUCCUACUUGAUAUGGCCAUGUAUCACUAGGAUUGAUGCAACUGAAUAUUUAGUACUGAAGAGAUCAUGUUUCUUACAAUGAAUAGACAAACCUCAUUGCAUGGUUCGUCAACAAGCCAAAUGUAAUUAAGGGAUACAAAAUGCAGUGGUCAUAGAGAGACAUGAUAAAGCAACAUCCCAGUUAGAGCUACUAAUCCAAAAAAGGAAAAAAAGAAUCACCAAGAGCUCAAAUGAAUAGUUAAUGGGAUUCCCCUUCCCUUAAGUGUGCUAAAGAUCAAUUUUGAUGGAAGCCCCAAGGAGACCUAGACCAGCAAGCUUUGGGGGCAUCAUUUCUGAUGCUAAGAGUUUUGAAAGAGAAAUUUAGAGAGAAGUAAGAGUAAGAAAUCUUGAGAGAAAGAAGAGAGUUUAAAAGUGAGAGGGUUUGAGAAUUUAGAGGGGGAGUUGAGAGUUUGAAAGAAUAUUUGAGAUUUAAGAGAGUGAGAGAGAGAAUUUGAAAGUAAAGAGUUGGGAGGAAAGAGAAUUUGAAAGUAAGAGGUUUUAAGAGAGUAAGAUAUAAGAGAUUAAGAGAGAUUCGAGAUUUUUGAGAGAUAAAGAUUUAGAGAGGACCAUGCCCAGCUCUCGGGCCACAUUUUGUGGCCAAAGGCCAUAAUUUCUUAGGCCCGGGCUGGCCCAUUGCCAUCCCUGGGUUUCAAUGUGGUACCGAAGUUUCAAAUGCGCUUUCGUAUUGAAACUUGACAGAGAAUCAAGUGUGGUGAACAGGGGGGAGAGAGAGAGAGAGCGAUGAGAUGCAUUUAGAGAGAGAGAGAGUGAUGGGAUAAAUUCAGAUGCGAAGAGCGAUGAGAUGCAUUUCGAGAGAGAGAGAGAGAGAGAGAGAGAGAGAGAGAGAGAGAGAGAGAGAGAGAGAGAGAGAGAGAGAUGGGGAUGCAUUUUUUGAAGAAUUAGUCUCAAGUCUCACAGGGAGGUCUAUUCAGGAGUUCGAAUGGCGGAAAAUGAUGGCGAGGACUCGUCUACGCCACCUAAGAAGAGAAAACCCCUACUCAUCGCUUUCUUAGGGGAUUUCCUCAUUCUCACAGCUAUGCUGUCAGUGUGUUUUGCUGUUUUACAGCCUUUGUCGCCCUCUUGCUCUUACCCAUUCUCGCAAAGAGUACCUAUAUAUCUGAGAAUGCUCUCAUGCCGGGUUCUGCAAAACCUACAUUCUCCAGUCAAGAUGCAGUGACGGCAAACGAAUUGAUAAAAGAGCUUAUUGAUUGGAAAAUUAUUCGGGUUGAAAAUGGAAUGCAAACCUAUAAAAUUAUAGCCAAACACAUGGAUGAAACUGGUGCCGAUGUUUACUACCACAGUUUCUACUCUCCAAAAAAACAAUUUCAUCCAAUGAGCUUCUUUAUAGGGGCACCCAUUGAGGAUCAUAACAAUCAUUCUUCUACACGUGCCGUUAACUCAAUUGGCAUCAUAACAGCUCCUCAUGGUGAUGGAAAGGAAGCAAUUGUGUUAGUUUCACAUUACAAUUCAGAUAAAAUGGAACCAAGUGAUGCCCUAUCAGUAAGCCUUGCUUACUCAAUAUUCUGCCUCCUUGGCCGAGCUGCACGGCUUGCCAAAGAUAUUGUGUGGCUGGCAGCUGAUUCAAAAUUUGGAGAAUAUGCUUCAGUUGCAGAAUGGCUCAAACAGUACCAUGAUCCAGUAUUUAUCAGAAAGAAAUUAAAUUUUCACCCAGUUGAUGGGGAUAUUCUGUUUCUGAGGGGCAUUUCAGAGGACUUUAAACAUGCUGGCACUAUGGCAGCUGCAAUUGUCUUUAAGGUUUUAGAAACAUCACAGGGGACUGGGACGGAUAAUGUUAAUAUAUGUGCAGAGUCUUCUAAUGGCCAGAUGCCAAAUCUGGACCUCAUUAAUAUCGUGCAUUAUUUGGCAGUUCAUAGGCAUGGAUUGCAUGUUGAAGUGGGGAAGUUAUCUUCUUUACUUAAUUCUCUAUGGCUAAAGGUGGUUGGCAAAUUUCUAGAAGGAGUGAGCAACAUUGCAGGAGGCUUAAACCCUAAGUGGAGAUUUGCGCUUCCUGUACUGGAUUAUGUUGAAGGGAUAGCUGUCCUUGCAAGCUCAGUAUAUCACCAGGCCCUUGGUGUGCCCACUGUUCCUCAUGGUGCUUUUCGAGACUACCAAAUCGAUGCUAUUACCCUUGAGAUAUCACCGAGAGUCUCUUUGAACAGUGAGAUAGCCUGCUCUUCUUUUCUUGUGAGAGUUGGCAGAUUAUGUUGGCCCUGGUGUUCUCUUCAUUGAUGAUCUACAUUGGCUACCUUAUGACAGUGGGUGGUUAUUUAGUUUCAUGGAAGAGUAAGCAACAAAAUCUUGUAGUCUGAUCGUCAGUAGAAGUCGAGUAUUGAGCAAUGGCUAGUGCUACAUAUAAUUUAUUUUGGUUUCAUUCUCUUCUUCAAAAGAUGGGUGUUUAUGUGUCAACUCCUAUUCCUUUAGAUUGUGAUAAUCAAAUGGUAAUUAUACUGCUUUAAACCCUGUAUACCAUAAAAGAACCAAGAUGUUGAGGUCGCUGACACUUGGUAAGAGAAAAAAGUCACUCCAAAAGUAGAAUGCACUUCAUCUUUGCGCUCUGAUAAUCAAUUGGCAGAUAUCCUGACCAAGGCUGCUAAUCUAGUUCGAUUAAAAGACAAUUUGGCAAGCUAGGCAUCUAUGAUAUUUAUGCUUCAGCUUGAGGGGGAGUGUAGUGAAUAUCAUGACCCCACAUUGGCAUUAGGGAAGCCUCUCGUGAUGGAGAAUGUGAUGAGAAGGCCCAUGGACAAAGAAGGUUCAGAUACUUAGAAACUCAAUCUGUAUGUACCAAGUUGACUAAGGAGAACCUCACAUUCUUGAUACUUGGAAACUCAAUCUGUACGAAAGUUGACAAGGGUUCUUUGUAUAGUAUCCAAAAAAAUAUUAAUUUGCCAUGGCUCUCUUCAAGGCAUUUUGGACUC